GAUUUCGCUCAACGAGAAGGUCGUGAGCAAGGACAGGAAGGCCGACCGCGCCCUCGUCCGCACACCCAGUGCCCCAGAAACACUCGUCCUCAACGAUCCCAAAGACAUGCUGGAAGAGGGCAAGUUUCCAUGCCACGUGUUUGCUGACGUCCUCGACAUGGCCCAGCUGGCUGAAGAAGUUAUGCCCGACUCCGACAAUGAAGACGACAUCUCGUCCUCGGCCAACAUGGAGCGGGCAGUGCAGAGCAGUCGAAAGCUGAUUGCCAUGGAGAAGCACCACGUCAACAUCAUGAUGUCGCCCUCGCCCAACGGCGACAAAGCCGGCCUCGGCCUCGUCACCACUGUGGCGAUGAAGAAGGGCCAUGAGAUCCCGGUGAGGGGCCCGAUCUUCAAGGAUUCCGCCCUCGUCCUCGAUUUUUUGGAGAAGCACCCCACGUAUGUGGACCGAGUGCUGAAGUUCAGCCUCGGCCACUACGAUGGUGGUGCUACGCCCUCGAUCAACUCCGUCCUCUUCCUCGUCCAAACGGGGUUGACAGGGUUCAUCAACCACUUCUCCGGCCUCGCCCGCCAGAGCAAUGCGAAGCUCGUGGUGAGGUUGGGCAACGGCCUCGGCGACGCCCUCUUCUACGUGCAGGCCACGAAGGGGAUCCCAAAGAACAGCGAGAUCCUCCUGAACUACGGCGAGGUCUGCUUCCCUGUUCCAAAGCUGCUGCCGAUGAAGCCGAAGGCAAAGGCCAAAGCCAAGGGGCAGGCAGCAGCUCCUCCUGAGCCUGCCCCCGUCCUCGAGGAGCCGCCCGAGCCUGAAGCCGUCCUCGGCCGCGAGAACGGCUCUGUCCUGGCCGCUGACACCGCCCCUCUCGGCAGCUGCGAUGUCCACGCCCCUGGUGACACUGUCCUGGCCGACACCGCCCCUGUCGACAGCACCCUCGUCCCUGGCACAGCUGUUCCAGAG